AUGGGGGACGAAUCAGGAACGGUGGCGCCGUUGAUGAGCCCUAGCGAGAAGAGGCGGGCGCUGAUUCGGAUGUCGUCGGACAUCCACGACGAGCUGCAGGCGUUCCGGCGCUGCCUCAAAUGGCUGUGCGUCGAUCAAUCCAACGCAUGGACCGCCUGCCUCUCGUGGUUCGUCUUCGUCGCCAUGUCCAUCGCCAUCCCCGCGCUCUCUCACUUGGUGCUCGCCUGCUCCGACUGCGACACCCGCCACAGCAGGCCCUACGACGCCGUGGCGCAGCUCUCCCUCACCGGCGUCGCCGCCAUCUCCUUCCUCUGCAUCUCCCAUUUUGUCAGUAAGUACGGACUCCGGAGGUUUUUGUUCUUCGAUAAGCUCUGCGAUGAGAGCGAGACCGUCAGAAAGGGCUACACCAAUCAAUUUAAUUCUUUGGAAUUUUGGCAUUGCAUUCAGAGAUCGUUGAAGCUGUUGUUCAUCUUCGUGUUGCCCUGCUUUGCUGCUGAGAGCGCGUACAAGAUAUGGUGGUACGGAUCAGGGGGGACGCGCGUCUCCUUCCUAGGCAAUGCCAUCGUGAGCAACACAGUCGCCUGUACAUUGGAGCUGUGCUCGUGGUUCUAUAGAACCGUGGUGUUCUUCCUCGUCUGUCUUCUGUUUCGCCUCAUCUGCUGCCUCCAAAUCCUCCGCCUCCAGGACUUUGCACAGCUCUUCCAAAUCAAUUCUGAUGUCGAAUCCGUCCUCAAAGAGCACCUCAGAAUCAGGAGACACUUGCGCAUCAUAAGCCACAGAUAUAGAUCAUUCAUUUUGUGGUCUUUGAUCUUCAUCACGGCUAGCCAGUUUUCGUCUCUGCUCAUGACCACACGCCCCAACGCGGAUGUCAAUAUAUACCACACAGGAGAGCUCGCGGUUUGCUGUGUUAGUCUUCUCGCUGGACUCUUGAUCUUGCUGCGUAGCGCGACCAGGAUCACGCACAAGGCACAAGCCGUGACGUGCCUGGCAGCAAAGUGGCACGUCUGCGCCACAGUGGACUCCUUUGAUGCAGAGACUCCAGUGGCUAUAAGAGGUGAUGAGCAGUUUGUAGAUACAGCAUCUGAUGCAGAAGAUGAUGGCGGAGAUGAAGAAGACGAGCUUGACAACUGCAAUUUCGACCCUUCUUACGCUUACAGCACUAUCUCGUUUCAGAAAAGGCAGGCGCUGGUGACAUACUUUGAGAACAAUAGAGCUGGGAUCACAAUAUAUGGCUUCAUGCUGGAUAGAACUUCACUACAUACAAUAUUCGGUAUAGAAUUGUCUCUGGUGUUAUGGCUGCUCGGGAAGACCGUAGGAAUUUCUUGAGUCGAAGAUGCAUCGGGCUUGUGACCUGUCCAACACCACGGAUAGUUGCUCGACUGUCUAGUGAAGAGGAGAUCAGAGCACAGCAAAUCGGGCUAGAGUGGAUGGUACGCCUUUCAUGCAGAGCAAAGGCACAAAGUUACCUUGGGAGACUAUUCAUUAAAUUCCAUACAUAUGUACAGAAUUUUAUUUUUUUCAUUCAUAAGUAUAGAAACAUACAAUAAGAUGGGUAUGAUAAAGGGGGCUUUUGCCCACCCUGGGUCCGUCUUACUCAUUCCCUCUGCCUUUACCUGAUUAUUUUGCUUCAUGAAAGAUUGGGUGUAGGGACAGAAGAAACUCAAUGGAAUUUAUAGAAUACAACGGUAUUAUUUUAUGUUAGACACGGGAGAGUACAUAUAAUCUUCCUAAAUAUUUAUUGAAAAAUCAAUUCUGAAUUCCGAUUCUA